AUGACUCCGACGCAUGCAGAUUUAAAUCCUUCAUCGGUUACAAUAAAACAACGUGAGAUUAAUAAUGAGAGAAUUAAAUUCAAAGUUGGUGAUAACGUCCGUAUCAGUACACAAAAAGGUGUGUUUACAAAAGGUUAUUUACCCAAUUGGUCUACGGAAAUAUUCGACAUUAUCAAAAUAAAUAGAACAUUGCCCGUCACUUAUCAGUUACAAGAUUAUACGGGUAAACCGAUUUCCGGUUGUUUUUACUCGGCUGAAAUACAUAAAACCAAACACCCGAACGAAUAUCUGAUCGAAAAAAUUAUACGUAAAAAGCAAAAUCAGACGCUUGUCAAGUGGCUCGGAUUUGAUAACACGCAUAAUAGUUGGAUAAAUACAUGCGAUGUUAAAGUAUAG